AUGGAGCCGAUUUGUCAAGAAAAUAUUUCACAUUCUUUUGACACAUCGAAAUUUCCAGUUCUGUUUCCUGCAGCUGAAGAAACUCAAAUUCCAGUUUCUGUUCCAAAAACAGCAGCUUUACCCAGUUCCAGCACCACCCAGUUUCCAACUAACACUGCUCACAGUGGGCAGAAACUGCCCACACCCGAGCAGAUUAAGACCGGUCCAACAGAUUUAGAUCUAAGAGAUUUACCUUUUCCAGGUAGGAUGAAAUCCAAAAAUGUGGAUGUUCAGUUUAAGAAGUCCUUGGACAUCAUUAAGCAACUCCACAUUAACAUACCUUUGGUAGAAGCUCUCGAGCAAAUGCCUAGCGAUGUUAAAUUUUUAAAAGACAUCCUCAAGAAAAAGAGAAGACAUAUUGAAUUUGAGACUGUGUCUUUGACAAAGGAAUGUAGUGCCCUUCUUACUUGCAAAAUUCCUCCAAACUUAAAAGACCCGGGAAGUUUCACCAUCCCGUGCUCUAUUGGAGGAAAAGAAGUGGGCCAUGCCUUGUGUGACCUUGGGGCAAGUAUAAAUCUCAUGCCUUUGUCCAUUUUUAAUCAGUUGGGAAUUGGGGAAGUUCGACCUAUGACCGUGACUUUGCAAUUAGCAGAUAGGUCCUUGGCAUAUUCGAAAGGUAAAAUUGAAGACAUCUUGGUUAAAGUGGACAAAUUCAUCUUUCCAGCCGACUUUCUAGUGUUAGAUUAUGAAGCCGAUAGGAAUGUCCUGAUUAUCUUAGGAAGACCCUUUCUUGCUACGGGUAGGACAUUGAUUGAUGUACAAAAGGGUGAAUUGACCAUGAGCGUAAAUGACCAGCAGGUAACUUUCAAUGUGUUUAAGACUCUUAAGUUCAAUGGGGAGAUUGAGGACGGUUCGUGUAUUUACUCAGUAGGUGAAGAUUUAGAUCUAAGUUUGAUCGACUGUGCACACAGUGGAGACACUGUGGGCACGACAUAA